AGCAGCUGCCACGCAGCCGCGGGAGUGGGGCCCGGGGCGCGCACGGACUUGAGCGCUGAAGGUCCGCCCAGGCCGGCCGCGGAGUUCCUCUGCGGGGCCGGCGCGCCGGGAGGGGACCGGGUCCGAGGGCGCCGGGCGCGCCAGGCGCGCUAGGAGGUCCCGCCGCGAGCGUGACCUCACGGGGAGGGGCCAGCGCGGCAGCCCUGGGCGCGGAGCCGAGCGCAGAGAGCGCAGCGCCGGAGCCGAGCCGCGAGGAGCGCACGCCGCGGCCCAGAUGGAGCGGUUCAAAGCCCUGGAGCAGCUGCUGACAGAGCUGGAUGACUUCCUCAGGAUUCUUGACCAAGAGAACCUGAGCAGCACAGCUGUGGUGAAGAAGAGUGGCCUGGCCGAGCUCCUCCGGCUUUACACCAAAAGCAGCAGUUCUGACGAGGAGUACAUUUAUAUGAACAAAGUGACGGUCCACAAGCAACAGGAUGCCGAGUCCCAAGACAAAGCGCCCGAGGAGCAGAGCCCACUGACUAACGGCGAGCCCAGCCAGCACUCCUCGGCCCCUCAGAAGAGUCUUCCAGACCUCCCGCCACCCAAGAUCAUUCCAGAACGGAAACAGCUCUCCACCCCAAAGAUCGAGUCUCCAGAGGGUUACUAUGAAGAGGCUGAACCAUAUGACACAUCCCUCAAUGAGGACGGAGAGGCCGUGAGCAGUUCCUACGAGUCCUACGACGAGGACGAAAGCAGCAAGGGCAAGUCGGCCCCCUACCAGUGGCCCUCGCCCGAGGCCAGCAUCGAGCUGAUGCGCGACGCCCGCAUCUGUGCUUUCCUGUGGCGCAAGAAGUGGCUGGGCCAGUGGGCCAAGCAGCUCUGCGUGAUCAAGGACACCAGGCUCCUGUGUUACAAGUCCUCCAAGGACCACAGUCCUCAGCUGGACGUGAACUUGCUGGGCAGCAGUGUGGUGCACAAGGAGAAGCAAGUGCGGAAGAAGGAGCACAAGCUGAAGAUCACCCCCGUGAGCGCCGACGUGAUCGUGCUGGGCCUGCAGAGCAAGGACCAGGCUGAGCAGUGGCUCAGGGUCAUCCAGGAGGUGAGUGGCCUGCCUUCUGAAGGAGCUUGUGAGGGAAGCCAGUACACCCCAGAUGCCCAGCGCCCGAGUUGUCCGAAAAAAACGGAAGUCAGAGUAAACCUGGAGAUUCCUUCACAUUGGGGUGAGAAACAAGGCCUCUCCCUAAAGACCCAGCACACAAGAUUCCCGGGCCAGCCAGAUGUAACUGAGAAGUACCUGUCAGCCUCGGACUAUGGAAGCUCCAUAGAUGGCCACCCUGAGGUCCCAGAGACCAAAGACGUCAAGAAGAAAUGUUCUGCUGGCCUCAAACUGAGCAACCUAAUGAACCUGGGCAGGAAGAAAUCUACCUCGCUGGAGCCUCCGGAAAGGUCCCUCGAGACAUCCAGUUACCUGAACGUGCUGGUGAACAGCCAGUGGAAGUCGCGCUGGUGCUCCGUCAGGGACAGUCACCUGUACUUCUACCAGGACCGGAACCGCAGCAAGGCGGCCCAGCAGCCCCUCAGCCUGGUGGGCUGUGAGGUGGUGCCGGACCCGAGCCCCGACCACCUCUACUCCUUCCGCAUCCUCCACGACGGCGAGGAGCUGGCCAAGCUCGAGGCCAAGUCGUCCGAGGAGAUGGGCCACUGGCUAGGCCUCCUGCUUUCUGAGUCGGGCUCCAAGACAGACCCAGAAGAAUUCACUUACGACUACGUGGAUGCCGACAGGGUUUCCUGUAUCGUAAGCGCCGCCAAAACCUCUCUGCUACUGAUGCAGAGAAAGUUCUCAGAGCCGAACACUUACAUUGACGGCCUGCCCAGCCAGCAUCACCAGGAGCUACUGUAUGAUGACGUGGAGGUGUCAGAGCUGACGGCUGUGGGGGAGGCCCCUGAGGAAGCUGCUCCUGCGACAGAUGCCCCGAGUGAGCCUGACCCCGACCGCGUAUACCUGGACCUCACGCCCGUCAAGUCCUUCCUGCACGGCACCGGCGGUGCACAGGCCCGGGCCCCCUCGCCCACGCUGCCCCAGCCGGACCCUCCGGCCGAGGCCCUCCCUGCAGACCUGAACCCCACCCCCGAUGAGCCCCUCAUGGUGUCUCCAGAGAACCCCGAGUUGCAGGUACAGGGGGCCCCCCAGCAGGUGAGCUGGCCUCACCUUCUGGGGUGUCUCGGCCAGCUGGGUCCUGUUUGCUUUCUCCCAAAGCAGAUGCAGCAGGAGAGUCAGGAACCUGAGGAGCCUUCCCUGGGAAUCACGGCAGUCAAAAUCCAGACUGAACAGCAGAAGAUCUCCUUCCCACCGAGCUGCCCUGACACUGUGCCCAUCACCCCAGCCGGGGCCAGCCCACCUGUGAAAGACAGGUUGAAGGCAACCAAUGCAGAGAUCAAACUUGGCAAGAACAGGACAGAAGCCGAGGUGAAGCGGUACACAGAGGAGAAGGAGAGGCUUGAGAAGAAGAAGGAAGAAAUCCGGGGGCACCUGGCUCAGCUCCGGAGGGAGAAACGGGAGUUGAAGGAGACCCUGUUGAAGUGUACAGACAAGGGGGCGGCAGCCAGCCUGGAGGAGAAGCUGAAGGAGAUCGAUGAGGAGUGCAGGGUGGAGGAGCGCAGGCGCGUGGACCUGGAGCUCAGCAUUGUGGAGGUGAAGGACAGCCUGAAGAAGGCCGAGGCCGGGCCCGUGACGCUGGGCACAACUGUAGACACCACCCACCUGGAGAACGUGAGCCCCCGACCCAAAGCUGCCACCUCGACUCCUGCCCCGGACUGUACCCCAGUCAACUCCGCAACUGCGCUCAAGAACAGGCCUCUGUCGGUCAUGGUCACAGGCAAAGGCACCGUCCUCCAGAAAGCCAAGGAAUGGGAGAAGAAAGGAGCAAGUUAGGAAACAAACUUCAUCUAGAGACUCUCCUGUCAAUAUGGACCUUGGUGACAAUCCUGCUUCGUUACAGUCUUCGUUAAAGCAGCAACUCUGUAAAAGGGUGAGUCUGUUUACAAGAAAAAGGAAGGACUGGGGUUCUAUGAAUGGAAAACUUCAGCUAAGAGGAGGCUCUGUCCCUUUGCAGAGCCAAAGGAAGUAAUAUGACAACAACAACAAAAAAGACUUGUUUGGAGACCUAAGUCUAUUGGUUGUAAGCAUUACAUUGCUGUAUUUAGGGGUAUUCUGUGUUUCUUCCUUGAAGUUUUCAGCAAUUGCUUUAUCAAGCUUUUUAAGUGAAAAGAUUCUGAUGUGGAGACUUUGGUGGAAGAGAAAUUAAGGUAGCAGGGCCCUGUCCCACUGGUCACAUGGCUUUGGUGACUGAGAAGGUCUAAACCCCUAUCUGAUUCUUAGCAGUGUCAGGGGUUAAACCGUCCUUGUCUUCAACUGUGUAAAGCCACCUAUGGUUUUUUGAGAAAUGGUAACGGGGAAAACAUUUGGGACCAAGCUGAGGCACUGUUGCCAGUAAAUUAAGGCUUUUUUCAGGCUAAAGCAGGCCAGAACCAAUUGCUUUUAAAUAAAAUUUUAAGUGAUGCUGUAUUACAUAGAAAAAAAAGUUUCAAAUCCUGUAAUUUAGAACAGUGAAAAGUGACUGUUGAGAUUUAACUGACAUUUUACAUUACCAUAGAAACAAGAUUACCCUGUGUUUACAGAUUCAGUCCUGCGGUGAGGCGAUUUCUAAGAGAAGAGUUACUUAGUAUAAUGUUCUCUUAGUCCCUGUUUUUUUAAGUUGUGCUCGAUGUCCAGGCCCUUAUCCAAGAAAAAAGGGGCGAGUUUUGUUUCUGGUGGUCUCUUUCUUCUCUUAAAAUUGACAGUGCUGUUCUUUGUGUUGCCCGUUCUUCUCUUCUGAUGGCACUGGUUAACACAGGUUGGAACACAUUGGUUAACACAGGUUGGAACAUUUCACCUGUCAUCUCUCAGCCUCAUUUCUGGGGGUUCUGAAUCAGAGUUCUUUAACACUGGUUCCUGAGAACUAAAGGUCUUUUGAGUCUUAUUGUCUUUCUACUCCCAGGGCAUUUAUUUCCUUUGUCAUAAACACUUGGUGUCCCAAGUGGUGAGUUAGUUUUUUGUUUUUUUUUUUUUAAUAAAAUGUUAAUUGUA